UAGCUUGUCCUCAACAACAUAGCGAAAAGUUUCAACAUAUAUGUUGGAAAAGUUGCCAGAACCCUCAGAACAACAUAUUACCUGAAGCAAAAAUUUAUUAUGUGAAGCGACAUGCUAAACCACCAUCUAAUGCAACCGAACAUUCAUUACAAAGGGUAUUGACAUCAGUUUAA